UCCAGUAAGACAGGCAGUUGGUCUGGGAGACGCAGAGUGCAAGCCCCCCAUAGUGCUCUGUUACAGCUGACUGCGACUACGCUCGGUGAGAAAAACCCAGCCAGGAUUCAGAGGAACUGCUGCCAAACAUCAGGACUUCUACAACCCGACGCCGCUGUACCACCGGAGCCGAUGAUGCGGCUCGUUGAAGAACCCUGGAGACCUAUCAGGACCCAUAAUACUUAGCAAUCCUCUCAAUGCUCCAAGAGUUGGUGAUUCAGUCAAUCGCAUGCUGACAUCUUGUCAUAAGUGAUAGAAUAAAGAGCGCUGCGAGGACGAUGGGCGGGAAGCAGUCUCGCAGCUUGUCCAACAAGGAGCUGAACGAGGUGAGUCAAAGAAGUAAGAGCGCCACGAGGGACGACCAGGUCAGCCUGUCGUCGGCGGCCGAGAGGAUCCGCAGACACGCCACAGUGCACUUUGGCUACAACAUCCUGAGUCUAGCCAUGCGGGGGCUCGACGAAACCCCGGCUGAGCUGUGGGAGCUCAGAGAGCUUCAGAAGCUAAACUUGUCCAUGAACUGCCUGUGCUCCCUGCCUCCCACCCUGAGCGCCCUGGACAAUCUGGUGAUUCUCAACCUGUGGGGGAACAACCUGUCCAGCCUCCCGCCCGAGAUCGGCCUCCUGAAGAAGCUGCGCGUGCUCUUCGCCUGCCGCAACCGCCUGAGCGAGGUCCCCGAGGAGCUGGGCUCCUGCACCGGCCUGGAGGUGCUCAGCUUGGCCAACAACCAGAUCACGGGCCUACCGAGCAGCUUGGGGGCCAUGCACAGCCUCACCAAGCUCAACCUCAGCCACAACCGCAUCGUUCACAUCCCCACCUGCGUCUACAGCAUGAAGGGCCUGGUCUUCCUCCACCUGGCCUGCAACCGCCUGGAGACCAUAGCUGACCAGAUCCAGGACCUGGUUAACUUGAAGAUUCUCAUUGUGGAGGGAAACAGUAUACACACACUCCCCAAGACCCUCUGCUUCCUCGAGUCUUUAGAACUCCUCAACGUUGACUUUAACGACCUGCAAAAUGUGCCGAUGGAAAUGUACCUACUGAGCAGGCUUGGGCGGUUGGCCUGCCACCCGAUGGAUAAAGGACUCCACAUUGUCCACAACCCACUCCUCAAGCCUAUACAGGAGGUUCUGCAAGGUGGACUCAAUGCCCUCUAUAACUACCUAAAACCCACAUGAGGGACUACUACUGCGUUUGCGUGUGUGUAAUGUCCGUGUUUAUUUGAGUGCGUGCGUGUUGUAAGGGGGUGCUGGCACAAAUCUGACUCUUGGCACGUGGUAGUCAUGCUCUGAGUCUGCUGUUACCUCAGACCGCCUGCCUCGGAUAUUAUUACUCAAGACAAACAACCGUUACCCGGCAAGAAUGCCACAAAAUGAAGGUUAAAACACACUUACGCUUUGUCUCUCUGACAAAUAAUCUUUCCAUUUUUUUUUGUUUUUUUUUAUGUAACGCAAAAGUUUGGAUAUAAAUAAACGUCUAGUAACUGCUGAGUCACUUCUAAGUGUUUGUGAAGCCACAGUAGAAGGGGUCGGGACAAGGCGGUCGGCUCAUGCAAAAAUUCACAAGUCCACAUUUGGGCACCGAUUACUGGUCAGUUGAUCUCGUCCGUCCCGUGACGUUGGGGGAGUGGAGGUCGGCUACAGAUCACCUCCGUCUCUUCUGUUGCAUUCAGGUCAUAAAGAUCAGGUGUGUAAAGUCAGUGGAAAGAAUGGCGCACUCCCCUAGGCCAUUCUUUCUGUGGCUUAAGACCCACAACCAAAACACAACAGAGGCUUAGCUCUGAUUAAAUGUUGUUUCCACUCCACCCAUUCAGAGAGGGGAGAAGAGGCUCCUCUGAGAUUUGCCUGAGCCUUGUAACACCAACGACUUAAAAAAAAAAAAGCGAAAUAAUAAGAAACACAUUGUGUGUGAUUUCAAGCAGGACUGUUAAACUGAUAUUGACAACUCCAAAUGUUUCCCUUUGUUUUAGUGCAAAGAAUCACAAGUACAUUAAGUAAAUGUUUGCAUUUAAUGAAAAGUAAGUGUAGUUUUGGCACGUUUCUGUCUCAUGUUUGGUUGUGGGUGUUGAGUUUGUCUGCUACUUAUACUAUAACAGGGAACAGAUUAGGAACAGACAUUACUUUUAUUGAAAGAAAUCUUUUGUGUAAUUGUCGGCCUUUUGCAAAUCCAUGCCACAGACCCGAUUAGACCCUCUGGCCGGUUGGUUUUGUCCGUACGUUUGAUAACCCUGAUUUAAACAGAAGUGAACCGACGUGUGUCAUUCAGGUCAUUCAGGUGCAAAAAAAUUAAAAGUUUUAAAAGUUCAUGAGUAGACCAUCGAGGGUGAACUAAUUUUGUGGACGUACUCUCAGUGCAGUGCAAAAACUUAAUAAAGGAAAAUACUAAAUAUUCUAUCAAAAUAUUAAUUUUGAAUGUUUUGUACUGUUUGCUUCUUUUCAGUUCUGGGAACAAACCAUAGCUUUUUGUUUUUAUUUCUGGCAUGUAUGUGUUUCUGGUUAUUCCACUAAAAUGUAUUAAAAAAAAUCUAAAUUUA